AACAGUAAGUCAAUAAAGAUCCCAGAGACGUUAGCGGCUGGAAUCAAAUUACGUGGCAGACAGAAAGCGCCAAGAGAUGGAGGUGAUCGCAUUGAUAGCGUUGACUUUGUUACUAGGCGCCCUGGUGAUUUUGGUGGCUUUCGCCGUGGGGAAACGGAAAGAAGAGCUACAAGAGGAAGCAGAGCAGACGGGCGAGUGUGCCGCUGAAGGCAGUGUCGCAAAGGCUGCUGCGGCCAAGAAACUAAAGCAGGACAAGCAACAACGCAGUCGUAAAGAAAAACCUUCACAACACAACUUCAACCACCCUCUGUUGGCAGCCUCACUUAAGGGCCACAGCGGCAAUGUGACGUGCCUCGAUUUCAGCAGCAAUGGCAAGUACUUGGCGUCCUGUGCCGACGACCGCACUGUGCGGAUCUGGAGCACCAGAGACUUCCUGGAGCGGGAGCACAAGUGUCUGCGGGCCAACGUGGAGCUGGACCACGCCACGCUGGUUCGUUUCAGCCCGGACUCCAGGGCGUUUAUCACCUGGAUCGCCAACGGGGACACGAUGCGAGUCUUCAAGAUGAGCAAGAAGGAGGACGGCUCUAUGAGCUUCAAAGGGGCCUCAGAGGACUUCCCGUCCAGGCACAAAGCCAGCAUCCUCAACAUUGGCAUCGCAGAGACUGGCAGGUUCAUCAUGAGUGCCUCCACCGACACCAGCAUCAACAUUUGGGACCUGAAAGGAGAAAUACUGGCCUCUAUCAACACUAACCAGAUGACCAAUUCCUAUGCUGCUGUUUCCCCUUGUGGCAGGUUUGUGGCAUCCUGCGGCUUCACGCCUGACGUCAAGGUGUGGGAAGUGUGCUUCAGCAAGACGGGCGAGUUCAAGGAGGUGACACGAGCCUUCGAGCUGAAGGGUCACUCGGCGGGAGUCCACGCGUUUGCCUUCUCCAAUGACUCUCAAAGAAUGGUGACUGUGUCUAAAGACGGAACGUGGAAGCUGUGGAAUACGAAUGUGGAGUACAAACAGCAGCAGGAUCCUUACCUCCUCAGGACUGUUCCCUGCAAGUCGUCCGAUGGCAGCCGAGCGGCGUUGUCCCCUGACGGCCGGGUGGUGGCCAUCAGCGACGGCUGUAACGUGGCCAUGUACAGCGCAUCCACCGGCGAGCUGGAGGAGCAGCUGCUCAGCGUGCACAGCCAAGAGAUCACAGACCUCAGGUUUGACGUCAACGGUCGCUUCUUGGUGUGCAGCGGAGACAAGGCCAUCCGAGUGUUUCACAAUGCUCCCGGUUACCGGGCAGCCAUCAAGGACAUGCAGGACAUGCUGAAGAAGGCCCAGAACGAGGCCAUGAAGCAAAGGCUGCAGCAGCAGCUCAGCGACGCUCAGAGCGCCCUGGACGCUGUGCUGGCUGCUCCUGUCGAAUAAUCCCUGAUGCUUUUGGACGUUCUCUGUCGCCCUCUGAUUGCUGGGAGGUGACUGCGUUUACAUCAAAUUUUAAUUAGAGAGGAUCUUUUUAUGGCAAGAUAACGUUGAUGUUAGGUGUAUGCUGCUGUGGCCUGUGUUUGCGCCACCUCUUAUUGAGGGUUAUGUGCAAUGAGGACACAAGCAGGAAAGUGAAUUAAGUGUCCGUUUGACACUUAAUUCACUUUCCUGCUUGUGUCCUCAUUGCACAGUUUGUUGACCUAAAAGUUUGAUUGUUUUUUUUUUUUUCAAAACUAUUUGAACCUUUUGAAUGACUUGUCUAAUCCUGAAAAGUUUCAUGCGGGUUUGUAAUAUGAGAGGAGAGAUGUUUCUGCAUACUUUUCAAAAAUAAAAUAUCUUUGUAAAAACAUGAAAAUUCAUUGCAAGCUAAACAGUUACGGUAUACUGGUGCACUUGUCUGUUAAAAAAAACUGAUGCAUCUAUUUUAUACAAUAGAAAAGUCAGAAUCUACUGUAAAUACACUUGAUUUUACAUAUUUUCUUAGAACACAUUUUGUUACAGUAUAUUCUUGCCGGUUUUUAAUUUUUUUUUA